CUCUAGGCCGGAAGUGGUGGCGGCGGCGGCCAUGGCGGCGGCGGGGUCAGGCCGCUGCAGGCGAGACCCGUGUGGGACACUCUGCUUGCUGCUCACCUACGUCAGUGUGGGCUACGCGGACUACGUCAUCCUCACGCACGUACUACUGCAGCCCGGCUUCCGGGGCAGCCUCUGGUGCCCAUUCCAUGCGGUGGCAUUUAACCUCAUCGUCUUCAUGCUGCUGGCCUGUCACACACGAGCUGUGUUUGCUGAUCCAGGCAUGGUCCCUCUCCCUGACACCGCUAUCGACUUCUCUGAUCUGCGCAGUGGCACGCCCCACAAGAAUGACCGGGGGAAUGAGGACUGGACAGUGUGCAAUCGCUGUGAGACGUACCGGCCACCCCGAGCGCACCACUGCCGCAUCUGCCACCGCUGCGUGCGCCGCAUGGAUCACCACUGCCCCUGGAUAAACAACUGCGUGGGCGAAUUAAACCAGAAAUACUUCAUCCAGUUCCUCUUCUACACGGGGCUGGCCAGCCUCUAUGCCAUGGGGCUGGUGCUGACCACCUGGCUGUGGCCAGCAGACAAGGGAUUGUCAGAGAAUGUGGCAGAAGCAGAUGGAGGCGCCUCAAACAGCCACGUCCACAUGGCCCACUGCAUCAUCCUACUGGUGGAGUCCGUCCUCUUUGGCCUCUUCGUCACAGUCAUAUUCUACGACCAGGUUGUCUCCAUCAUCACAGAUGAAACCCCUAUUGAGCAGCUGAGGAACCGGCUACUGAAGGAGGCAAACCGGGAGGUGGCACACACACGGAAGCCCAAGAUUGCCCUGUUGCGGGAGGUGUUCGGGCGAGGCUUUGUGAUCUGCUGGUUUUUCCCCUGUAACUGCAGCCCACCCUCAGGUGGGGGCCCGUCCUACAGCUACCUACCCAACUAUGAUGUAUGACCUCCUGGCUGCAGCAGGCCCUUUGCCCUGCCAUCACCUGGGCAGCUGCUGCCUCUCGCCUGUGGCCCCAGGGAGACAGAUGACAUUCAUCUGUUUCUGUUGGCUUUGCAGAGCUGGCCCGAGAGUGGCCUUGCACUAGGCAGGUGCACCGAAGCCAGGCAUAUCAGCGGGGGUGCUGGCUGGGCACCUGCCUUCCUUGGGAAGCCUCAACUGAGAGCUGGUGCACUCUCCAGCCUCUGUGCUGGACUCCCCAUAGCAUCAGGGCUGCCGACAGUCUCUGUUGGCUCUGGAGUGCCUCUUCUGCAGUGGUGGCCCGUUCCACACUGCCAUGAGGACAUGCUCAUCCGCUCCCCUGCUGUGCUCUUUGCAGUCCGAUCAGUGUUAAUUGUUGCCUGGGAGCCUCCAUCACGUACUCGAGGUGCUGGUGCCAAGUACUACACAAACAGAACAAGGAGCCCCACAAGCCCAUGGGAGACACUGGUGGGAGCACAGAGCAUGGCAGACAGGCACUGUGGCUAAUUGUGAUGUGAAGGUAGAAGGCAAAGAAGCUCCCCCAGGUAAGGGGGGCUGGAGAGGAUGAUGUGGCUUGUCCCCGGGAACUAGCCCUCCCAUUUGCCAGGGAAGGGUGUCAUGCUGACUGCCCAGGUGGCAGGGGCCCAGCCCUUGGAGCACAAUGGCAUGAGGUAGGGCAGUAUCCCUGGUCCCUGUUAAUCUGCUGUGUGGCCUCCAGAGCAGGUGCAGCCCUUGCGCAGCACUGCUUGUGACCUAGGCUGUCACUGCCCCAACUUCCCACCCAGACCACCCUGGGCAGUCUGGUUGGACACCGGCCCCAGGCACCACAGGUUAAACCCUCCCACUGGAGCGGGGUGGGCAUGCUGCUAUGCUGAGGCUGCCUGCAGGGAUCCUACUCCUGCCAGGCACAGGCAGUGCCCACCUCUCCCACAGGCAGCGAGGCUGGUGAACAGGCUGGUGGCCCAGGUGCUGAGGGCAGUGGGUGCCAGGACAGCUCAGGCAAAAAGCAGGAACUCUUCCCUUGCCCUGCACUAUUGCAGCUGGCCCCUCUGGCAUGCUCCUCGCUCGGCUGGGAAGCGGGGCAUGGGGUCUGGGUACUGUCAGGUGUCAGAGUGGUCAAGCCUGCCUGGAGUAGCUGUCCAGGUACAGUGGCCUGGGGUUUCCUGAUGGCAGGGCCUCCCCCACCACCUGCGAGUGCAGGACUGAGCUGUGCCACUGUGGUAGAGCCUGCUGGAUUCUGCGAGUUUGUGCUGGCUUGGUUCUGGGUUGACCUCCGUGCUCCCUUAUUUGAGGUGACCUGGGGCUGGUGCCCCAGCCCAGCUGCUCCUUCCCCUGUGGGAGCAUGCAGGGCAGCUGGCUGUCUCCACUCUCCAGGGUGGCUGGUAGCACAGCCUGGCCCCUGCUCCCUGCAAGCACCUGCAUCCCUGGCAAUGCCCUCCCCUCUGACUGGCGCCUCCCCCAGGGCCCUGUUCAAGUAGCCCCUGGCCCAUGAGCAUCACUGGGAGACCUGGAGAGAGUGGCUGGACCCCGGACCCACCAUUCUGGUCCCAGCUGGACCAGCUUCCUCGGAAGCCUCCAGGGAAGGAAACUGCAACUUCUUGAGGCUGCUGGGACCCCAUACUGGGGUUGGCUGGAGUCCUGCCUCCCCUGUGUGUUACAAGUCACCACGGAGGAGAGCUGUAUUAAUAAAGUCUCUUCCUCGGUGGGUGAUGUGUGCGGUGACCUGGUGUGAGCUCCCCUCUGCCAGGCAGGGGAGCUGGACAGGGGCCCAUGCAUGCUAUCAGGCAGCUCAGGUUGGUGGUCCCUGUGUACCCAGGCCUGUGUAGCCCUGGGGCCACUUGGCUUCAUCUCUCUGUCACGCUGCCAUGGGGGGGAUCAGACACCCAGCAUCCCAGUUCAUGCUAGGGAGGGCCUGGCCCCAACACUGUAGCCAGCCCCAUGCCCCCAGCCCCUCCCAUGUGAGGUCCCUGCUGCAGUGUGUUUGGUGCCCCUGGGGAACAGGGCAUGAGUGGCUCUCAGGGAAUGAGCAGGUGGGGAGCAGUCCCUGGGUCAUCCUAUCCCCUGUAAAUCUGUAUGGCAAAAGGUAAGAGCAUCCUUCCUGCUGCCCUAGCCGGGCUGCCAGCUGGGCUGGGAAGAGCUAGGGGUCCGUGCUGGGGGCAGGUUGUGUGCACCCACAGGGUCUGGUGCUGGGAGAAGCCAUUUCGGGGCCUGACAGCCGUACGUACCUCCAUGCUCCAGGCUCCCCUGGCUGCGGGGCUGGGCCCCAGGUCUGUGUGGGCCCCUUGGGCGGGGGCUGCUGGUGCUGCUUCCAGUGCCAUCAAGUGCAGUAGGGGUCCUGGGCGUGCGGCUGCCAGGAAGCCUGGCCCAGGGCUGUGCUGCUCACUGCUGGGCAGGGCUGUGGGCAGCAGGCACUGCCCGUCCCACUGCAGCGCUGGCAUGGGCCCCUUUGACCCCAGGUCUGGUCCAGUGACAAAACCAGGAUGUCUCACAGGUGCUGCCGCCUCCCCUCCUCAAUCCCGGAGAGUGUUUGCUUCGUGCCAGUGCCUACCAAGCCCCAGGGCAGCCAUGCUGGCUGGCUGCUGUUUGGCUGCCAGCGGGAUUGUGCGCCUGUGGCAGCAGCUGAUAACCUUUUGCUCCCUCCCUCCUCCUGCCCAAGUCGAUGCCUGUGGCUGCUGCCCUGGCCCCCUGCCCUGGGCCCGCUGCUGUAACGUGCCAGGCUGCGCCCACCUGUGGCUCUGCUCCGGGACCCUGUGCUCUGCGUCUGCGCACGAUGAGUUUGCUGCACCCGGUGACCUGAGGCUGCCCCCUCACCCCCAGCCAGGGCAAUGCGGGGCCAGAGGCCAGGGAUUGAAGAGGUGGUACAGCCACUGGUCAGGGAUGAUCUAGGUGUAGUGAUGCCUGUGUGCUAGCAUGGGGAUAUCCCAGGCUUUGCUGGUUGUCCGUGUCCUGCCCCACACUUUGCUGUAACACGUGUUGGGGUAUUUUUAAGAGGACUGAGUGUUGACUGCAGCCCAGGCUGGGGAUGGGGACUGUGCUGUGCCAAGGCUCCAGCUGGGCCCAAAGCCAGAAGGUGUUGGCUUAAAGGGACUUGCCCUUCUGCUCAGGCUCAGACUGGGGCCAUAUUUGGGGUCAGGAAGGAAUUUCCCCUCCUGUUCAUCUGUUCAUAUUGGUAUGGACUGGGGGGGGGGGGGGGGGGUUGCCUUCCCCUGUAGCAGGGGCACAGCCCCUGCCUGGUGUCUCUCGAGCGUUUAUUGACAGCAUUUCAUAGAAGCAGGACGCUGGCUGUCCUGGUUUCCCUGCUGCACCUGUGGCAGGGUCGGUGCUAGGUCUGCGUCGUCAGGGCUGGCAGUAGUCGUAUGUAGAGUUUAGAUGACGUUAUCUGGGCUGGUUCGGGCAAGGCUGAUCCUGCCCCAGGUGGAGGAUCAGAGGUGACGUGACCUGGAGGUCCCUUCCAGCCCCACUGCUCUGUGAUCCUGCCUCUGUCUCCAUUUCCUGGCUUGCAGCAGCCCGCAGAGCCAGGUCCCAGUUUGCUCAGCCCCCACAUGGAGCAUGGGCUCUGUGCUAGCUCCCCACUGAGUGUCUGGGGAACGUGGCAUCCCCUCCCUGGCUGUGGCUGCCUGCCCGGGCUGCUGCGGGACACCUUACUUGGCUGUGGCACAUGGCCCUGGGUAGUGGUGCUGCCAGUCUCAGGGUAGCAAGUUGCACCGACCCCCACAGGGCUUGGGGGACUAGGGUCCAUCUGGGACCAACUGCUGGCGGUGGCCAGUCAUCCCUCCCCACUUGCCCACUCCCCCCAGCUUCCCCCAGGCCCAGCAUCCAGGCGGCAAGCAGCCUCCCUGCACACACGGCUUCCAGGUAUGUCUGGAGCAGGGCAGGAGUCACAGCCCAGCGGGGUUGGGGCUGGGGCUCCCAGCUCCACCCUCCCCACACAGCUUUCAUUGGGGAGCAGCCCCGAGCCCACGAAGAGGCAGCACUCGAGUGUGUUGUAUAAAUAGCCUUAAAUAACCCGGCAGGGCUUUAUUACAAAAAGAAGAAAACCAUCGCCACGCGGUGGCAGGGGCGCGGCCAGCGCGGCCGCAGGGUUGUGUUAAAUAAACCUCUUAAAUUAUG